CAAAAUGAUAAAUUUAAAAGUGAAAACUCUCGACUCACAAAACCAUGACUUUACGGUCGAUGAGGAGAUCACCGUGCGUCAGUUUAAGGAACAGAUCGCAGAGAAGAUCAGCGUUUCGGUGGAGCUUCAGCGGCUCAUCUACUGUGGCCGGGUACUGUCGGAUGACAUUCCGCUGAAGGAUUACGAUCUGAACGGGAAGGUGGUCCACUUGGUGCAGCGUGCACCACCAUCGGCACGUGGCGCCAGCCUAAGCAGCACCGAAGCGGGUGGCCGCGAUGAAGCGGCACGUGCGUCGCGACGGUCGCGCAGCAGCGACAAUGCGUCACGCAACAUUUUUCCCGGCCUGGACGAGUUGAACACGAUGUACUUCGGUUCGAUGACGUCGAUUCCACUCAACAUGACGGCAACGAACGUUACCCAGAUACCGUCGGUUGGUUCUUCGUCUACGCUGUGCAACAAUCGCAUCACCGUCGCUCGGCACAUGCUGGACUGUGCGGACAGCAUACUGAGCUAUCUGGAGAAUCCAGCCCGCGGGCUUAACUACAGCGCAAUGGACUUCCUCUCGCAGCAAACGAUGGAAUCCACGGUGUUCGAGGUGGGCAUCUCGGCUGUCGGUGAUGUGGACAUUCCCCACAACCAGGUGCAGAGCUUUGUGAACGCGUUCCAGGGCGCUGUGAGUGCGGCACUGCGCCAGAACGGUAUGUCGAACGUGACGGUACAACAGCCGGAUGGAUUGAACGGUUCGGUGCAGGUGUUUGGAACGGUACCCGAUUUUGCCGUCCUCACACCACCAAACACAAGCGCUACGGCUACACCGGCUCAUGAAGGGUCGGGUGCUUCGUCCACUACCAACAGUGGUAGCAGUAGCAGCAGCAGUAGCAGCAGCAGCAAUAGUACGAGCAGCAGCAGCAGCAGCAGUAAUGGUGGAAGUUCCAGCAGUCCAAGCGCAUCCUCUAGCUCGUCGGAAACGAGUGCCGAAAGUAGGCGUCAGGUCCGAUCCGGUCCACUAAACACCCAAACCACAAGCACACAAACGCUCGGUGAGGUGGUGCAGCAGAUGCGAUCGGUGCAGCGGCGUAUGGAACCGUUCCUGCAGCAGUACUACGACAUCCUGCAGGACGACCCAUCGUUCGAGGAGUCGGAUACGGUCGGGCGGGAAAAUGCGCAGCGUGUAUUUGAUCGUGUGUCGGAAGCGAUGCACUACAUCUCGCACGCCCAGCACGCCAUCAGCGAUCUCAUGCUGGAUCUACAGAUGGCAACACCGCGCCAUCUGUGCUGUCGGCCGAUACUGGUCGAGCAGAAUGCGUACGUCAGUUCCGGUUUGACAGCAAUGCCGCACAACAUCAACUUGGCCAAUCUGUUUCGUAAUCACAUCAACGUGAACAACAACAAUAACAAUAACAAUCCGGAAGUGGGCAACAACAAUAUCCACGCGCAGCUCAUCAAUUUGGGCAUCACGGCCCAACCGGCCUUCUUUACUGGUCCUGCUGGUGGUGGUGGUGGUGGAACGGGCACGAUGCGUCCACCGACAGCACCAUCUGCAACAGGAACGACUACACAACCAUCGUCGACGACAGCAGCAGCAUCAGCAACGACCACUACAACGGCACAGUCCCGUCCGCCAAACCUAGGUCAGUCUCAAAACAGACCACCUACGGUACCUGGUGCUGGUGGUGGUGGUGUUGGACGAGGUUGGCGAGACAAUCCGGUCAUCAUAAUGCAGGACGUACGGCAUCGACGGGCCCCACGAACAGCCUCCGCCGAUGGCCGUUUGCAGCCGCCAUCUGCAGCUGGCGCUACCCGCAACCGUCCUGCGGCUACCACCACCAUUACUAACUCAGCUGGCACAAAUAACAAUAACAGUGCAGGCGGUCCCAAUGCCCAGGGUACACCGAACAAUGCUACUCAAAAUGCGCAAAUCCAAAUGGCACGAUUCAUACAGGCAGUCGUUAAUGCCGCGCCCAUUCACUCCGAUAUCCACGUGCAGAUCAAUACGGGCAGUGGUAAUGAAGGUAACGCUAGUAGUACACCGGCCGGCGCAGCAAAUAAUGCUGGAGGAGGAAAUCGUACCAUAACGGCCACCAGCACAACGGCGCAAACUGGAAACAGUACAACGGGCAGUGCUACGACCACCACAACCACCGGCACCAACGGUAACGGCAGAGGUGGUGGUGGUGGUGGUGAAAAUGUGAUGCACGGUUAUCCACGAUUUGCCACCGUUACGCUGCCGACCACUUCAACCCAGACGCGCUCUACCUCCCGUCCGCAUGUGCAUAGCAUUCCCCCGUCGCAUCUCGGUGGAGCUGGACAAAUUCGCAAUCUACGGCCCAUGCCGGCAAGCAUUUUGAACACGUUUGAUCGAUUUUUGCCCUGCAACAGCCAUCAUAUCCGUGAUAAUAGUGGAACAAACGGGGAGCGAUCGAACGACGGUACACCGAAUCGUACGGGAUCCGGUGAGACGGCCAACACACCCAAUGCACCAGGAGGUCCGGGCGGCGAAGGGACGGAUUCUGUUCCGAUGCAGGAUGAUGGACGUGCAACAGCUUCCUCGGCACGGAUUAGCAUGUUUGGCACCCAGUUCACUCUGGCCGAUCUGCAUAACGGUGUGCCGAACCCAAACAUACUGAACCGCAUCCGAGACUCGCUGCAAACGUACGUCAACCGUACACUGUUUGCCGAUCGUACCACCGUCGAUGAGCAAGCCGUGCGUGAGGUCUGUGAAACCGUGAUCGAAAGUGUGACACCGCUGCUCGCACCACUUGCCGAACACGACCGCCCGGAGUAUGAUACGCGCGCAUCGUUGAUCAAUCUAAUUCGCAACUCCUUCCGCACGUUCAUCAGCCUCGUACGGGAGGACAGUUCGCCCCAGUUCGGGGUACGUUUGAUGCGUGCACUGAUUCUGUUCAUCCGCCGCUCGUUCAUGAUAAUGCUGCGUGGCGUCGGACGUUUCUACGCACAAUCGUACGUGUUGAAUCUGCUGGAAGGUGCGCUGCGCCAGCAGAAUAUAGCGGAGCUGGAUCGAAUCGUGCGGCUGAUGGAACCGAUAGUGGAUUAUAAUUUUACUACCGCCGCUCGGCACGACAUGUUUGACAUUCAACAGUUUCUAGUCAUCCGACAGCCGCCUGGAGCAACGGGUACGGCGACGGCGAACAGUAGCAUCACCACCACCACCACCAUCACCACCGGCACAGAAAGCCGCACGUCUAGCAUGUCUUCCAGUACCGGCACAACCGGUCAGCGGGAAGCUAGUCCCAUGGACGUGGAUGACAUGGAGAGUAUGUCCACGCCGGAACUCGUGUCAGAUAUUGCAGAAAUAUCGAUCUCUAUCGAGCCGCCGGCAAUGAGCGUCGAUCCGUGCGUCGGCGAAAUGGCCAGUUCCUCAUCACAGUCGGACGCUACCGUCACCGGAACGACGGAUAGGGAAGCAAACAAACCAGAUGUACCGGAAUCGAUUCGUUCGCUCUCGGGCAGCGUUCUAGAGCUGGCCAAUCGGCCCGUUCCACCAAGACCAGCGGUUGAUGACGAAGAACUGCCGACGGUAGAGUUUGACGCCGAGUCCUGGCACCGACAUUUCCCGUCCAGCUGGCUACCGAUCAUUACGCGCGAUCUUGGUCGACAGCGGCGACAGAGUCCUCAGGCGCCGUUUUCCGAUGCGUACAUUUCGGGCAUGUCAUCGAAGCGUCGGAAGUUGCUGUCGGAAACGAAACCACCGAGCGAUGUGCAUUCGCUGAUAGCGGACGGUGUACGGCGUGCGUUUACCGGCACGGGAGCGAUUCCUUCCGUCACGACGACGCUUGCCGGCGCUGGCAGCAAUACUACGGCAACCAGCGCACGUCGUUCAACCGCUGGCCAACCGGGAUCAUCGUCUUCGGCGGCCACCACAUCAUCAGGUGCCAGUACGAGCGGCAGUGCCGGCGGUAGCAGCACCGGCAACAGCACCAACACACACAACCUAUUCCGCACACUGGACGAGGUGGCCAAUACCAUUGCAAACGAUAGCGCCCUGCAAAUGUCGUACUGUGAUGCGAUGAAGGCGAGCAUACGUGACCGGUUGGCGAAGGAUACGGAUUACGAUGCCGUGCGGUUCCCGAACUGUUCCAAGUACUUCGAAAAGUAGU